UUGCCAGUUAAAAGUCAAAUCAAGUUUAUGUUCAUUCAAAUUUGAUCAACCCUAAAUUAAUUUUGUGGAAUCUAAAAAUUUGGAUUUUGUGAUUUUCAAGUGACUUUAAUCAACAAUAAUAUCUUUUGCUAAUUAACUUUGGAACCUUCUACACCCUAUUCACUUUGUAUCUGCAAAAAAACGACCAAAUCUUUUUCUGCUCCUGUUCUUUCCAUUACUGUUUUCUCUCUGUGUUCUUAUUUACAUCUCCUGUCACCAAGCUUCUGUCAUUUGUUUUUAUUUUGAUUGUUUCUCUCAUUGGAAUUAAUCGAAUCUAUCUAGCUAGUUUAGCUGGUAAUCUUCAAUUCAAUUUUCUUCUUGCUGCUGGUUAAAUGUUUUCUUUCCUUCCAUCUUUAUAUUUCCAUCCAAUAUUUGUGAACUCUAGUAAUCCAUUUAGAAGAAGACUUUAUUUUGUGUUGUCUAUCAUGGAAGCCAAUGUGAGAACAGUUCGCUGUUAAACUGGGUAUUGUUGCAUCUUCUGGUAUUUAUUAUCCGUUCAACAAAAUAAUUUGUUAAAAUGAAGCUACUGGAAAGCACCAAAUUUGAAGCUCUAAACUCGGCUCUGAGAAUACACACUGGACAAUGUUCCAUCGUUGGGCGAGUUGAGAGUUACUCCUGUAAAAUGGCUGGCAAUGAUAAAAGAUUGUAUAAAACAAUGCAUGCCGAACCAGGAACCAGUCCAAACGAUUUACAUGCUCUAUCUCCACCACAAAGUCUACAAUCUUUCUCCUUCAGCCCAGCUAAAAGCUUUAGCUACAGUAACAGUGAUGACGGGCUUGAAAGUAAUGGGCACCUGUGUGACACAAUCUCGCGAAAAACCCUCUUCUUUCUUAUUUCAACUCUUAAUGCAUCUUUCCAGCCAGAUUAUGACUUCAGUGAUGCCAAAAGUGAUGAAUUCAGCAAGGAACCCAGUUUACGGUGGGUUAUGAACGCAGUCGAUUCAAACUUUCUUUCAACAUCUGCUCACCAAGCUUACGCUGCAAUCCGAAGUCAACUUUGGUCUGCCAUUGAUGCGGAAAUAAAUUGUUCCGACUGUGAAAUUUACAGUUACAAUCCUGACCUGAGUUCAGAUCCUUAUGCUGAAGAUGGAAGUCUCUGGUCUUUCAAUUAUUUUUUUCACAAUAAGAAACUGAAACGCAUUGUAUUUUUCACAUGCACGGCUUACAGAGAACUGAGUGGAAGCGAAUCCGAUGAGGAAGGAAUCGAAGACGUGCAUAUAAUUGAUUUAAGUGACUAAUCACAAAGAAAUCAAUAAAUACAACUUCAUUUACCUAUGAGGGUGAUAUAUUAAUUAUAUCUAUUCAAGGCUAUGGAUAUAUUAUAGACAUUGGUGUUGACCGGCCAAAUCUUAUUCAAUGUUAAAGAUGCCAAAACAAUCUUUAAUCCAUUAGUUUGGUUUAAUUGACACAUCACAGUUGAUACUUUAAUUUGAACUACAAACUAUUACAGAUGCACCCAGAAAACUUUGCUUACACUGCUUCGUCAAAGAAUACAUGUAAUGACGCUGAAUUUCAGGUUAACAUUAAAUCGUAAAGUAUGACUGGUAAUGUUUUAAAGUAAAGUCAAUUCGUGAGAAAAUGUUUUGAGUUUACUUUAAAACUCUAGCAACCAACCAACCAACUCUAUGGUCAUAAAACCUGAAUAAUUGCUAGAAUAGUUGAUUGUUUCAGCGUUUUGCGUGUUUUCUUUAAAAUCUAAUACAAUGUUAGUUUAUUGUUUAAUUUCCUUUCUUCCUUAUCGUUCGUUCAUCAUCCUCUUCCUUAUUAACCAACAAUUUAUCCUAACAAUCCAAUAAUUCAAUCUGUUAUUUAUCCCUUACCUAAACUUGCCGUAAUCAAGCAAUGUACAAAUAAGCUCACUUAAAUGCUUAAAUAGUUAUGAUUAUCCCGGUGUUGCAAAAGUUUAAUUUAAAUUUAGUAAUCAAUAGUUUAUUGUGUAAACUUAUUGACCUUAGUUUAAAAUUAGUCUCCUUUCAGUAGGCCCUUAAUUUUACCUCUUUUUAGAUGUAAAAGUCUUGUUCAAAUUUCUAAUUUGAUUAUUGACAAAGUUAAUUAGUUUAAUUUUGAUUAUCUUUUCGAAUCUCUUCAAGUUCAAUUCAUUUUUUUCUCUUCAUCAAUCAUUUUCUUUUUUGUUAAACGUUCAACCAAACUACAAGCCAACAUCAUUUUUGAAGACCAUCUUCUCUAGUUACUCAACUAACUGCACAGAUACAAUGAACUUCUCCUAAUUAACCUGGAACACAAUUGAAACCAAUGCUGUUCACCUUGAAGUACCAAAAUUUUGUGUCAUCAACAACUCAUAUCCAUCCAUUGAAACACCAAAAUGCACAAGCAACAAAAAACAUCCUGUGUUCAUCAACAUCUUAAACUUGAAAUAAUAAUUCUUAUUUUUUAUCUCAUGUUUAGUAAAUUUUAGUACAUUUAUUUUUCUGAUCUUCAUUCAACAAACAAAAUUGAUUUGUCCUUCAUAACGCAAAAA